AUGCGUUACGCACUUACAGCACUCGCCGCUCUGCCCGGGCUGGCUCUUGCCUACUCCAACCCCGAGUCCUGCUCGGGAACAUGUGUCGUCAGCGACCCCGGUCUUAUGCGCCGUGUGUCGGAUGGCAAGUACUUCCGCUUUUCCACCGGUGGUGAAAUCACCUUUGCUACGUCGGACUCGCUGUUCGGUCCCUGGACGGGUGUGGGAUCCGUUGUCCCCGGUGGAUCCCGCAUCGAUCUGUCCGGUAACACCGAUUUGUGGGCCCCCGACCUCCACUACAUCGAAGGAACCUACUACUGCUUCUAUGCGGUCUCGACCUUCGGCUCGCAAUCCUCCGCCAUCGGUCUCGCCACCUCCACCACUAUGGAGCUCAACAGCUGGACCGACCACGGCUCCAUCGGCGUCGCGUCCAGCAGCGGCAAGCUCUACAACGCCAUCGACCCCAACCUCAUCAAGGCCGACGGAACCUUCUACAUGAACUUCGGGUCCUUCUACGAUGACAUCUACCAGGUCAAGAUGAACUCCGCGGGUACCAAGACCGCCGGUAGCGCCGCCUACAACAUCGCCUACAACGCCACGAGCACUCACUCCGAGGAGGGCGCCUACAUGUACCAGUACGGCAACUACUACUACCUGUUCUUCUCUUCGGGUGCGUGCUGCGGUUACGACACCGAUCGCCCGGCUGCUGGCGAGGAGUACAAGAUUAUGGUGUGUCGGAGCACGGAGGCGACUGGGAACUUUGUUGAUAAGAAUGGUGUCGCUUGCAGGGAGAGCGGUGGUUCUCCUGUCCUCGAGAGUCACGGUACCGUCUAUGGCCCCGGUGGCCAGGGUGUCUACGAUGACCCGAAAUACGGCACCAUCCUCUACUACCACUACAUCAACACGGAGAUCGGCUAUGCGGAUGGCGAUAAGCAGUUCGGCUGGAACGUGAUCGACUGGUCUGAUGGAUGGCCGUCUAUCUAAGCU